AUGGGUCCGGUGGUCACACCACGCUGCUGGGUAACGCUGAACAAACGCCAGGCCUUGUCCCUCUUUGGAAAUGACAUUUCCCCUGUUGUCUUGGAAGUGGAGUUCCAGACAAAGGACAGACUCCGGUUCAGGCUCUACGACCCCAACAGAGAGCGGUUUGAAGUCCCACUCAAGAUCGACUCCCCCGGGGUUACCGCUGAGGAGGCCAACUACGACGUGGAGUUUGCAGAUGACUCCUCACACUUCAAGAUCAAGAGGAAAAGCACUGGCACUGUGCUGUGGGACAGUCCCCUGGUUGAUCUGUUUUUCUCCAACCAGUAUCUUCAGAUCACAACUGCUGUGCCAUCCACUUCAGUGUAUGGGUUUGGUGAACAGGAGCACCUGUCCUUCAAACACAACAUGGACUUCGUUACCUAUGGCAUGUUUUCCAGGGAUCAGGCACCAACGCCAUUUGCCAACCUCUAUGGAGUUCACCCUUUCUACAUGUGUGUAGAAGCUGACUCCAAUGCCCAUGGUGUUCUCCUUCUGAACUCCAAUGCACAAGAUGUGUCUCUGAGUCCAAACCCAUCCUUAACUUUCCGCACUAUUGGAGGGAUCCUCGACUUCUACGUCUUCCUUGGACCCACUCCCGAAAACGUAGUUCAGCAAUACACAGAGGCCAUUGGACGCCCACACAUGCCUGCCUACUGGUCUCUUGGAUUUCAUCUCUCCCGAUGGGGUUAUGGCAACAUUGAAGUUUUAAAGAAAACCGUCGAUCGCAUGCACUACUAUGAUAUCCCAUAUGAUGUCCAACAUUUUGAUAUCGACUACAUGGAACGUCGCAUGGACUUCACCUAUGACAAAGUGAAUUAUGCAGGUCUGCCAGAGUACCUCCAACAGCUGAAGAAGGAAGGAAUGCACAAUGUUGUGAUUCUGGACCCUUUCAUAACAAAGGACGAAGAACCAGGCACUUACAGGCCUUAUGAUCUCGGAGAGGAAAUGGGAGUCUGGGUGAACAACUCCGAUGGCGUGACUCCUGCUGUUGGAAAGGCCUGGCCCCCCGGAGACUCAGUGUUUCCUGACUACACCAACCCCAGGACAGUUGAGUGGUGGACGCAGCUGUGUCUGGAGUUUAAGGAUGUCCUCGACUACGAUGGGAUCUGGAUUGAUAUGAAUGAACCAUCCAACUUCUUAAGAGGCCAGUAUCCCGGAUGUGCUGUUAAUGAUAUCAAUAACCCUCCUUACAUUCCUACCAUUUCUGAUCGUUCCCUGGCGCAAAAGACAUUGUGUCCCGACUCCAAGACUUACCUUGGAGAGCAUUACAACACCCACUCUCUCUUCGGCUGGUCACAGACAGAACCAACUUUCAAUGUGGUCCAGCAGGCAACUGGAAAGCGAGCGUUUGUCUUGAGCCGGUCUACAUUUGUUGGCAGUGGGAAGCACGGGGGUCACUGGCUGGGUGACAACUUCUCUCAGUGGAAGGACAUGCACCUGUCAAUCAUUGGAGUCCUGGAAUUCAACCUCUUUGGCAUGCCCUAUAUCGGUGCUGAUAUCUGUGGGUUUAACUAUAACACUACCUACGAACUCUGCUUGCGCUGGAUGCAGCUUGGCUCUUUCUAUCCAUUUUCCAGAAACCACAAUGCAGAAGGAAAUAUGGAACAAGACCCAGCAGUGUUCGGAGAUGAGUUUGCCAAGAUAGCUCGUGCUACGCUUCGGAUCAGAUACUCACUGCUGCCAUACUUAUACACCUUGUUCUUCGAGUCUCAUGUUCAUGGAAACACGGUGGCACGGUCACUGAUGCACGAGUUUACCUCCGAUCAGCAGACUCAUGGAAUAGAUACUGCCUUCCUUUGGGGACCUGCUUUUAUGAUUGCUCCAGUUCUUCAAGAGGGAGCAAGAUCCGUGGAUGUAUACUUCCCUGAAGCACAAUGGUUUGACUACUAUACCGGUCAAAAAAUGCCAAGUACCUGGAGCAAGACAUAUGCUACUGUGUCUGCCCCGUUGAGCAAGAUCCCUCUGUUCAUCCGUGGAGGCUACAUCCUGCCAGAACAGGCACCAGCCACGACUACAACUAAGAGCCGUCUGAACCCAUUUGGGCUCAUUAUUGCCCUGGAUGAACACGGAGAAGCUUCUGGGUCUCUCUUCUGGGAUGAUGGUGAUUCAAUCGAUACUAUUGAAAAGGAGAACUACUUCUUGGCUAAAUAUACGUACAGCAAAGGACACCUGAAGACAGAAAUACUUAAAAAUGGCUACCGUGGGGCUGACACUCUGAAGUACAACAAAAUUACAAUUCUUGGCCUGAAUCUGAGACCUCAUGCUGUUUCUCUGAAUGGAAGAGCCAUCCGUGGAGAUGCUUUCUCUUACGAGCUGAGUGGGGUUUGGCAAAUAUACUCUACUAUAGACAUUACAGGUACCUGCAGCCUAGACUUGAAGAUGAGCGGGGUGCCCCUCAACGUUGGUGCAGACAACGGCGCCUCCACAGUGUCCCACCCCACUCUGAAGCAGGGUCCUAAUUCUGGCUGCGUGAAUCCCACCCUGAAUCCCAUUGCUAGCAUUUACAAGGUCUCAGUGAUCACAACAGGAGCCUAG